AGAUAGACACACCGCUCCCACGGGGGGACCCUCGCCUAUAUAAGCUGUGCAGCUGUCAGGUGGAGGGCACUGCUUUGCGCAAAGGGGAAGACGCGCUUUAGGGGAUUUCAGCUCCAGACACUCAUAGAUCCAAACUGUAACUAUGUCUUGGGGAUACGCAGCAAAUAACGGACCCGACAAAUGGGCUGAUAACUUCCCGAUUGCCAACGGACCCCGGCAGUCUCCCAUUGACAUCAUACCUGGCGAAGCAUCAUUCGACGGGGGGUUGAAGCCGCUCAGCCUGAAGUACGACCCCUCCACCUGCUUAGACAUCCUCAACAACGGACAUUCCUUCCAAGUGACCUUCGCAGAUGACACCAACAGCUCAACUCUGACAGAUGGACCGAUCUCAGGGAUCUACAGGCUCAAGCAGUUUCAUUUCCACUGGGGGGCUUCUGAUGACAAGGGCUCUGAACACACCGUGGCUGGGACCAAGUAUCCUGCUGAGCUUCAUCUCGUGCAUUGGAACACCAAAUAUCCAAGCUUUGGGGAGGCUGCGAGCCAGCCGGAUGGACUCGCAGUAGUUGGAGUCUUCCUACAGAUUGGCGACCACAAUCCUAGCCUCCAGAAGGUUCUUGAUGCCUUUGGUGCCAUCAAGGCCAAAGGGAAGCAGACCUCUUUUCCAGGCUUCGACCCUGCUACCCUGCUCCCUGCCUGCUUAGAUUACUGGACGUACGACGGCUCUCUGACCACACCCCCUCUGCUCGAGAGCGUCACCUGGAUCGUGUGCAAGCAGCCAAUCACUCUGACCUCUGAGCAGAUGGCUAAAUUCCGCUGUCUGCUCUUCUCCGCUGAGGGUGAGGCCGAGUGCUGCAUGGUGGACAACUACCGCCCUCCCCAGCCCCUCAAGGGCCGCUCCGUCCGUGCUUCCUUCAAGUAAUACCCCCCCCACCCCCACCACCCCACCACCACCCCCCUCGGCCCCACAUGUGCCCUGUUGCCCUUUCCCUUCCCCCGUCCUUUAGUUGUGCACCCGCAGUUACCUCUCUUGCAGUGAGCUACAAAGCACACAUAUCUCUCUUUCUCUCAGUCAAAAUUGAAAAUAAAUGAAAUUCCUACGCCAGUUGCUUUUGAAGCUGGGCAGUCUUAUUGUAAAAUGGGGCACUUGCAGGAUUUGCAGCUCGGUUUUUACAAUAAUAUGCCAACAAUGCCCUGUCUUUUUUUUUUUUUUUUUUUAAGACAAACACUUCACGGUGUCUGCAACACAUUAACCAGAUGUCAGUGUCUUUAGAGCCAGAACACUGGUGCAUGUAUUUCCUUUUUUGUACAAUACAAAAAAUAUCAUAAGAAUGAAAAAAAAAAACGAAGAGGAAUUAUUUUCAAAAUGGUGCUCUUGAGCCAGCAGGAAGCAGAACGCACAAGCUAGUUGUAGUAGGCAGGGGGAGGAUGAAGCUACAUCACCAUCUGUGAAGGGGAAGGUGCGGAUAUAAAAAGCCGCCUGCGCAGACACAGGCCACAUGCAUGCACGCUGUCUGUCCGUCUGUCUGUAAUCUCUGACUGACUGCCAGCCUCUGCAUCACAGCAGCUUAAUAAAACGUCGCAGCCGCCUCCAUCACAACCGAUUGACUCAGAAAAUCCCCCUCUGGCUUUUACACACAAACAACAUCACACGCGGUCCCAUGCAGACGUGAUGCCUAUAGGCACUGACCUGCUUAUUGAUUUGGAUCCAGUGUAAAGCAGCAAAGGUCAUGUGGACAGCCCACUGCUUGUGCUGACUGCUGAACUCCAUCACAGCAAAGGCUUACUUCUCUUUUUAUUACAGCCUGUUGUGCAGAUCUGUAAUGUGUUUGUCAUCCUCUGUCAUGUGUUGUUAUUAACAUGGACUUCGUGUUUUAGCGUGACUGCUUAUGCAAAAUACGUCAGGAAUGAUGACUGAAUUACGUUUUGUAACCAAAAGCUCCUUUGCAUUUUUGAUGCCCUGAUAAUAUAGCAAUAGAGGGAGGGAUCCUCUUUUUCCAAAUGAAAUGUAAUGUGUUGUUCUGAAAUCCUCCCUGUGUGAUGUGCUCAUGCUUUAAACGCACAGUCGCUGGGUAUGGGCGACGCCAUUAUGGCAAACGCACAAAGCCAAGGAAGAAAUUACCCUGCCAAGAAAGCCAAGGAAGAAAAGAACCUGCCAACAGAUAAGAUUAUAGCAUCAGCCUAGUGUAAGACAAUAAUUAACAACAGACCAUGUGAGCUUCCCUUCAGCUGUGGGACAUCAGGACUUUGCUCUGUAAGCACUUCUGAAAAAAGUCUGACAAAAUUGAUGGAUUUCCAGAAAGAUUGUAAUUAACACAGAAAAGAAAAAUCGCCUUAUGCCAGUCACUGUUUGGGCUGUCCAGGACUAUGUCUUGUUGUUCUACUUUGGAAGUGAACGUUUUAGUAGUUAAAUAAAUCUAUUUUAUGACUUAAA